GCUUAAAGUUGCUUGCAAUCCGCCAUAAUAGAAAAGAAGAAGAAGAACCCUCUUGUUGGGAAACAUAACAGUGAAAGCAGGUUCGGUUCUUGGCUUUGGACUCAGAAAUCCAGUCUGGUUGCCAUGGAGAGGGGGAUACGGUAACGUAAAGCAGCACUCUGGAGAUCAGGCUGCCAGAGCAAGAGCUCGAAAAAGGAAACUUAUAACUGUCCUCAUCGUCAUGGAAUUUCCCCAGCAUUCCCAGCAGCUGCUGUCGGCCCUGCGUUCCCAGCGGCAGCGGGGCUUUCUCUGUGAUUGCACCGUACAAGUGGGCUCAUCCCGUUUCCUGGCUCACCGGGCGGUUUUGGCCUCAUGCUCACCGUUCUUUCACAUGUUCUACUCGGACUCCCAUGCAGGGAGCAGCACCAGCAGCUGCGUGACACUUGACAAUGAUAUUGUCACAUCUGCUGCAUUUGGCGUGCUGUUGGACUUUGUCUACGAAGGUGUUUUGCAUCUGGAAGAGUCUCCUCCUGUGGAGGACAUCUUGGCAGCAGCGAGCUUUUUGCAUAUGAACGAGGUUGUAAGAGUGUGUAAGAGGCGACUGCAGAGACGAGGGCCUCUGGCUGAGGCGGACAGCACGCGCUCUGAAGAGAGGAGGCUACCAGAGGCAGAUGGAGAGCCUGUGGUAGCCAUGGUUGCAGACCACACAAAUCCAGUGAGCACAGCUGCACCGCUUUCCUCCUCAGUCUUAGAAGUGGCAGACAGGAGUCCGGUGGAGGGUGUGAAGUCUCAGCAGAGGAGUGGUGGAGGUUCAUCUAAGACACAAACUCCUCUGAGCCCUGACCUCGCUGAUACUACUCAACCAGGCAUGGACAUCACUUCUCUGCCUCCAUCCAGGGAGCUGGUGCAGACCCAGACCAACAUUUCUGCCCUCCUCCCUGCAGGCCUGACUAAGAUGAGCCCAGGGAGUCAAAACGAAGGAUCUUCUCUUUGCAGUCCAUGUAGCACCACAGAAACAUACAGCUACAGUGCCAUCCAGCAGCCUUCCCCCUCUUCCUCCUCCCUGAUCACAUUCAGACAGUCGGAUGGUCGUCCUGUGGUGUCUCUCAGCCUGUCAAAAUCCCUUCUUUCUGUCAGCGCCCACCCAGACCCUCUUAGACCUUCUGGUGAGCACCUCUCAGAGAAUGAUCACAGAAACAGAGAUCAGCAGACGGUCAGGUCUAUCCAAGCCCCCGCCAAACACGUCCAAACAAACUCCAGACACUCGGCACCUGAGCAGACACCGAUGCAGAUCAGAAUUCAGAAUGCCGUAACUCUCCAGAGCUCAGAGCUUCAGGCUGCUCCCCAACUGCAAACUCUUCAGCGUCCUGAGGACGAAGCAGGAGCUUCGGUUGUAGCUAGAACACGUCCUCUGGGGGGAGGAAGGACAGGCGAGGUUGAGGAGAUCUUGAAAAUCAAAGAGGAGGCGAUUGUUAUUUCUGACGAAGAGUUUGAGGAGAAAGAGGACAUCGGAGAGAAAGAAUCUGUGAUGGAUGUGGAAGAGGAGUAUGAGGAGGACAUCCAGGAGGAAGAGCUAAGCAGUCCGCACUUUGUCUCCACACAUUCACAGGGACUCCUACAGAUAACCCCUCAUUCCAACGACUACUCCUUCCCCCUUUCUCCUUCGUCCUCGUCUUCAGGUGCCGGACCUUCUUCCCAGGACGCGGCCUCCCUCAUUCCUCCGUCCUCGUCUCAGCAACAUCAUGACCCCCCCGCCUACUUCCAAGAACUCCAGGACUCCAUGGGCAACUUUGUGGAAGACGUGCCCACAUGCGGAGUGUGCGGGAAGACUUUUUCCUGCACGUACACUCUGAGACGCCACGCCAUCGUGCACACACGCGAGCGUCCGUAUGAGUGCCGUUACUGCUACAGGAGCUACACGCAGUCUGGGGAUUUAUACCGACACAUCCGGAAGGCUCAUGACCAGACGCUGCCCGCUAAACGCAGCAAGGCAGACACAGAGGGACCCCCUCUGCCGCAGCCCCCUCCUCACAGCUAACACACUCCUCUCUCAGUGGGGGAGCUCAAAACUCUUCAGUUCUGAUUUUUAAAUAACCCUUUUAUUUAUUUAUUUAGUGAAGUUUUUGAAAUUUCAGAACGUGCAACAAUAUUUUUGUUUCGUUUUCUAAUGUCAACCAGAGCUGCCUUUACAGCUCUAGUUACGUUACAAGCGUUAAGAUACCCCAAAAUUUGAUUGUUCCAUGAUUAUAGGACCUUUAAAAAUGCGACUUCCAGGUCGAAGGUUAUGAAUACUUCUACACUGCCUGGCUAAAAAAAAAGUCACCACCUGGAUUCAACUAAGCAAAU